CAUCAUGCAAGUCGACUUACUACACGUGUAUAGUAGUAUUGUGUUAUUUAGAUUUUGGGUCAAUAUAAUACCUUCACCGGCUGUGCAUAUAUACCACUGUUAAGAAGAUACAGAUUGUGACUAUUCCUCAUAAUAAUAUUAUUGACAAAUUCUGCUCACGGACGUAUGUACGCUGUAUGCUUGGAUAUUUUGGUUACUUACACUGCCUCACUUGAUAUGACUGAGUAUAUAUAAUAAUAUCGCUGUGUGAUUUACUACGUUGUAGCAAGAAUUGAUUUUCACAGUCUCCGUUAUGAGAAAAACCUCCAGUAGUAGUAGUAUAAACCAGAGUGUUUCCGCUAUAAGAACCGGUGAUAUGGAUCAAGAUGUGCGUAAUAACAACACAAAUUCGGCUGCUUCCUCUACUGUACUGACAACAACAGCAGAGACAACUGAUCGCAAGCCAUUGACACUUUCUAAAUUAAUGCAAGCACAUCACAGCAGUCAGCACUACCAAGGUGCAUUCAGCUUUGAGUAUCAUAGGCCAAAAAACUACACAGAGCUUAAUAUGCCUGAGUCGCCUGUGGAUCAAGGCAGUACAAAGACUGUAGCUACACAACCACCACCGCCGCCUCUACCACCACAGAGUUCUCCGUCUGGUCAACCUCCAGCAGUAGUUUCUAAUAUGUCAGCUCCACCAUCGCAUUCUCGAUCAGUUUCCACCAGUUCAGGCUCAGGAUCCAUAGUGAAUGGUCUGCAUUCACCUAAUAGCGUGAACGGUACUCCUUCACCACCAAGCAACACAGCUAAUGCAGUCAAUGCUAGUCAAGAACUUCCCCCAGCGUGUGGGGCUAGACAACUUAGUAAGCUCAAAAGAUUUCUCACAACGUUACAACAGUUUGGGACAGAUAUUUCACCAGAAAUUGGUGAAAGAGUUCGAAGUCUUGUGAUGGCUCUAGUGAACAAUCAGCUGUCGGUGGAAGAAUUCCACAAUAAACUUCAGGAAGCUACAAAUUUCCCUCUCAGACCAUUUGUGAUACCUUUUCUGAAGGCCAAUUUACCUCUGUUACAACGUGAGUUAAUGCACUGUGCACGGAUGGCAAAGAUGACUCCACACCAGUAUUAUAGUCAACAUGAACAGAUAUUACUGGAUACUAAAGCAUCACCGGUUGACUCAUCCGAUAUUCUCAUGGAAGUUAAUGAAAACGGCAAGAGACGAACACCCGAGAGAGUAAGCAGUACACCCAAGGAGAACGGCAGAGAUACGUUACAAGAAGUGCAUUUAGCCAAGCGUCACUGUACCGUGAGUCCAAGCAGUGCAAGCCGUUCUAGUCCCAGUGGUAGCAUGAAUCACCAUUCUACUAGCACGGCGCAUCCAAUCAGAAUGGAAGACUUAGCACAUGCCAGAGAAAUGAGAGAACGAGAAAUACGGGAACGAGAAAUCCGUGAUCGUGAACUUCGAGAACGAGAGAUGCGAGAGUUCAGAUAUGAGAGGGAAAGAGAGAGGCAUCAUUCAGUUAGUGGUGGUAGUAGUAGUGGUGGAAUACAUAAUCGUGAAUCAAUACAUCCUCAAGAAUAUUCAGCAUUUGAUGACAGAGUUGAAGAUGAUUGGAAACAUGUAGACACAAUGUUACAGUGCAUUAUGGGUAUGGUUGAGAAAACUAAACGUGCAAUAGCGGUGUUACAUCAGAGGAGUCUCCAGGAUCGUGAGGAGUUAGCAUUAUGGGUCAGGCGACAUGCAGAAGGUGCUGAACACGAUAUGAAGAAACGUGCUGGUGAAAUGAUGGCACAUACAAUACGACAGACUGAAGACAGGGUAUCUGAAGUGAAAAGGCGAGCUGAGGACGCUGUGAAUGAGGUAAAACGUCAAGCUGUCUCUGAACUUCAAAAAGCUGUAGCUGCAGCGGAACAAAAAGCUAAUGAACUUGUGGCAGCUGAGAGAACCAAAUUAGAUAGAGCUGUUACAGAAGCUAAAAGAGUGGGAUUUGAAGAGGCUAAUACAUUGCUCAAUGCACAAGAUGAUACUAGUGAGAGUUGCUGGAACUGUGGACGCAAAGCUAACGAGACGUGCAGUGGAUGUAAUACAGCAAGGUACUGUGGAUCAUUCUGCCAACAUAAAGACUGGGAAAAUCAUCAUAGGAUGUGUGCUCAAGUACAAGCUCAGCAACACACUGGUGGUCCAGCACCAAGCAUCAAUGAGAAACCAGCAUUGGCAUCUACAACCAGUGCUGCUCCCCCCUCCUCUUCAUCUGCAGCUAAUGUCACAGCAGUAGUCACGGCUACAACAGCAGCCAGUCCUGCUGAGUCCAAUGCCAAGACUUCAUCAAGGUCAAGUACACCUGUGAUUACCAGCAGUGGAGAAUCGCGUUAGUUGCUCUUCUACCUAGGAUACAUCACAUUACCUCUUUGUCCUCAACCUUGGAUUCAGUAGGUUCAUCACAUUGCCUCUACCUGGGAUACAAGGGGUUCAUCGCAUUAUCUCAAACUAGGAUACAAGGGGUCCAUUGUAUUACCUCUACCUGGGAUACAGGUGGUUCAUCAUAUUACCUCUACCUGGGAUACAAGGGGUCCAUUGUAUUACCUCUACCAGGGAUACAAGGGGUCCAUCGUAUUACCUCAACCUGGGAUAGAAGGGGUCCAUUGUAUUACCUCUACCUGGGAUACAAGGGGUUCAUCGUAUUGCCUCCAUCUGGGAUACAAGGGGUUCAUCGUAUUGCCUCCAUCUGGGAUACAAGGGGUUCAUCGUAUUGCCUCCAUCUGGGAUACAAGGGGUUCAUCGUAUUGCCUCCAUCUGGGAUACAAGGGGUUCAUCGUAUUGCCUCCAUCUGGGAUACAAGGGGUUCAUCGUAUUGCCUGUCCACCCAGUACUUGGGAUACAAAGAUUUCAGUGCAUUGCCAAAGAGAGUUAUUAUUGUUGUAUCCUGGGAUAGAUGAAAUGAAUUCAACUCAUUGGAUCCACAAUCUGAAAGAGAAAAUAGUUUUAAAAAUUGUUUAUGACUCUAUUUCUGAUAUGAACUCAGUGUUUAUUGUAAAGUCACCAUGCUGUUGCCGUAGGUGUUGUCAUGCAUAUCAUGUCCAUGUAGUUGUCAGGUGAUCAGAAUCUUCUAUUUUAUUAUUAAGGUGCUUGUACUAAUUGGAAUAUUACAUAUAACUCUUUUGACACUGUGAGUAUGCAUGUGUUUUAUGAUCGUUAUUGGAAAGACAAUCACAUAAUGAACCUAUCGACAAUGCAAGUAUAUUUUAGCUCGUUCCCAGAAUGCGAUCGAGAACAAAUCUCCUUCUAAUUCAACUGUAUAUGGAGUACUGUGUUUGUUUUCAAGUUUGCAUACAAAGUCAAUUAUAUGAAUUAACUACAUUUUAUGUGCCACAAGGUUUCAUCAUUAAAUUAUCCAAAUAAUUACGCUAAUUAGUGAUUAAUUGCUAUCAUUAAUUAACUUUUAAAACUUUUUUUUUUCCAUCUUGAGUUUGAAAUAAACUCUUAGAACACCGUCUUUGGGAUUACUCUGGCUGUACAAUGUUCGGACCAAAGAUUUUAACCCAGGCUCAGUUUGAAUAUUUUAUAUUUUAUAUUUGUGUAAAACCUAUUUUAGUUAUCUUAUUUAUCUGGCACACACAUACAUAAUAUAUUUUGUCAUUAUACAUUAUCCUUUUACAGAGUUUAAUAUAUUGUUUUCUUUACUUGUCAAAAUUCAUACGUUAUAAUGUCAAACAAGACUUUGUUACCGUUAUAGAGUAGAAACAUAAUUUAUUCAUAGAGUUAACCAAACAAUGUCUAUACAAAGCGCCCUCUAUGGUCUCUUCACCCUGUGGAACUCUUUUACACAUAUUUUCCCUGUAGAGGGGGCUAUGUAAGAGUUGUCUAUAUUCAUAUUACACCUUUAGAGGGCGCUGCUCAUUGACAGGCUUGGUGUUUUUGUAUGGUUUAGAUAAGUUUGCUUUUCAUGCAGAACAAGUGGUGCGUAGUUCUGUGAAAUAUAUAACAGGUCUACUUUAAAUUAUGUGUGCUGAAAACGAAGACAGUUGAACAUAGUGAAUGGUGUGUGUUUAUACUGCCAUCUAUUCCUAUAUGAUGUCAAUAUAUUGUGUUGUUUAUGCUGCCCUCUAUGCUUCUGAUGUCAAAAUAUUGUGUUUGUUAAUACUGCCCUCUAUGCCUGUGAUGUCAGUACAGCGCAAUGUUAACCGUCAAGUAUUAUGUGAGUGUGUUGUGAUUAAAAAGUAGCAGGCAUUGCUAUGGCAACUAUUUCAGGGACAAGCAUGCUGCAGUUUAGUGUAAAUUUCAAAACCAAUUUUGUGAUAUUUUUUACGUAUUGAUCUUAUUUUCUGGUUGAUAAAGUUAUUGCUGAAAUAUGCUUUGUCUCAUGCAACUACUGCCAUACAUACACCUUGUUUUGUAAAAUAUUACUGCUGUUUGGCUGGUUUAACCAUGGUGGC